AUGACCUCGCCACUCAUCACUCUCGAAGAGCACUUCCUCGCCGCCACCUUUACCGACGAUCCUUCAGGCGACGACAAGUACACCGAACAGCUGAAGCACAUCCCAGGCCUUUCCGAGAAGCUCACCGACCUCGACAACAUCCGCAUACACCACAUGGACGCCGGACAUGUCUCUUUCCAGGUCAUCUCGCAUUGUCCCGGUGCCAAAACAGUUGCACAAUGCCGGGCAGCCAACGACCAGCUCGCCCACGCGAUCGAGAAGCACCCGGAGCGCUUCGCAGGCUUCGCGGCCCUGGACGUGUCGGUCCCGGCGGCAGCGGCAGCGGAGCUACGGAGAUGCGUGACAGAGUUAGGCUUCAGAGGGACACUGGUCGACUCGCACACCCCGGAAGGCGCCUAUUUCGACGGCCCGGCCUACGACGUACUAUGGGAAGCGGCUCAGCAAUUAGACGUGCCCAUCUACAUCCACCCCACGUGGGCGACCGACGAGCAGAUCCAGCUGCUGUACGCCGGCGAGACCAUCCCGCAGGCGGCCACGACGAGCAUGUCCUCCAGCGGCUUCGGCUGGCAUGCGGACGUGGCGACGCACUUCCUGCGCCUCUUCGCCGCAGGCGUCUUCGAUCGCUUCCCUAAGCUCAAGAUCAUACUCGGCCACUUCGGCGAGACGCUGCCAUUCAUGGUCGAGCGUGUGGGCGCUCUCAGCAAGCGUUGGGGCACUUACACACGAGAUUUCCGUCAAGUGUGGCGCGAGAACGUGUGGGUGACGACCAGCGGCGUGUGGGGGUUAGCGCCCAUGGCAUGUCUGCUUAGGAAUACCAGUGUAAGGAGGAUCCUGUACUCGGUUGACUACCCCUUUGCGAAGAACGAGGACGGGCUCACGUGGUGGGGUGAGCUUGUGGAUAGUGGGCUGCUCAGUGAGGAUGCUCUGGAGUUGGUGGCACACGGGAAUGCGGAGGAGCUGCUGGGCGUCAAGGCAACUCACAGAUACGAUUGA